CUUUGAUGUUGAACGACGCGAGACGGACAACGGUGUUGACGAGGUGCCGACGAAUAAACCCGUGCGAGUGUUUUCUGUUUUGUCGCGAUAAUAUCAUUCAACAUGCCAAUCUUGGAUAAGAGAAAAGGGGACGAUAUCCUGGCGCUGGUUCCUGCGUCGAAAAGAACGAAAAAUGAGGUGGUGUUCAGCAGCAGAGAGAAGGCGGUCGUGCAAAGCGGUCCGCCACGAACGUCCUCCCUAACGGCGAUGAUAAUGUUGCUCGAGGGACACCAAGGAGACAUUUUUUCCCUCGAGUUUCAUCCGGAGGGUCAAUAUCUCGCGUCAACGGGCUUCGACCGGCAGAUCUUUAUGUGGAAUGUUUACGGAGAAUGCGAAAACAUCGCCGUCAUGUCCGGACACAGUGGAGCCGUGAUGGAGUUGCACUUCAGUCCGGACGGCAAUCAUCUUUACACAGCCAGCACGGACAUGACGCUAGGUUUGUGGGACAUAGUGGCUGGGACACGUAUCAAGAAGUUGAAGGGUCACACUCUGUUUGUGAAUUCUGUGUCUGGCGCAAGGAGAGGGCCCACACUGCUAUGUUCAGGUAGCGACGACAGCACGAUACGUGUCUGGGAUCCGAGGAAACGCGGCCAAUGUUACACGUUGAAUAACACGUAUCAGGUGACUGCGGUAACGUUCAACGACACAGCGGAGCAAGUGAUCAGUGGUGGUAUCGACAACGACAUAAAGGUGUGGGAUCUCAGGAAAAAUGCGGUGCUCUAUAAGCUGAAAGGACACACCGACACAAUCACGGGACUGAGUCUCAGUCCGGACGGCUCGUAUGUACUCUCCAACGCCAUGGACAAUACAUUGAAGAUAUGGGACGUGAGGCCAUUUGCGCCCUUCGAACGUUGCGUGAAGAUAUUGUCCGGACACCAGCACAAUUUUGAGAAGAAUCUUCUGAGAUGCGCGUGGUCGCCAGACGGUAGUAAAGUGUCGGCGGGCUCGUCGGACCGAUUCCAUUACAUCUGGGACACCACGAGUCGUAGGAUCCUGUACAAAUUGCCGGGACACAAUGGAUCCGUGAACGACAUCGAUUUCCACCCGAAGGAGCCCAUAGUUUGUUCCGGAUCCAGCGAUAAGCAAAUCUACCUAGGCGAAAUUGAGGCGUGAUAACGCCAACGUUCGCUCUUGUUUGUAAUCAUUCGUAGCUGUAAGCAAAACUACCUUGUGGACUGUCAUCAUUCGCAAUAUACAUUCGAACAUCGCUGUUGAUGAUUUUGCAAUAUAAUUAUUUAUUUCA